GGUCAUGGUAUUGAUUCUGAUGUUCUGCAUCCGAAGCUUAUAGAUUCACUCAGCCAUUCAAACAUUGAGCUUGUUGCAUGUGGUGAGAAUCAUACUUGUGCCGUAACACUCUCCGGAGAUUUGUACACAUGGGGUGAUGGUGAUUUUGGUCUUCUUGGGCAUGGAAAUGAAGUUAGUCAUUGGGUCCCCAAAAGAGUAAAUGGACCCUUAGAGGGCAUACACGUUUCCUAUAUCUCGUGUGGGCCCUGGCAUACUGCUGUGGUGACCUCUGCUGGUCAAUUAUUUACUUUCGGCGAUGGUACUUUUGGUGUUCUUGGUCAUGGAGACAGAAAAAGUGUUUCUAAACCUAGGGAAGUGGAGUCUUUAAAGGGGCUUCGAACUGUUCGAGCAGCUUGUGGGGUUUGGCAUACUGCAGCGGUUGUUGAAGUCAUGGUCGGAAGCUCAAGUUCAAGUAAUUGUUCAUCAGGAAAACUUUUUACUUGGGGAGAUGGUGAUAAAGGUAGACUUGGGCAUGGUGAUAAGGAGUCAAAACUUGUACCUACCUGUGUUGCAGCUCUUGUUGAACCAAACUUUUGCCAGGUUGCUUGUGGACACAGCUUGACAGUUGCAUUGACGACUUCUGGUCAUGUAUAUACAAUGGGGAGUCCUGUAUAUGGGCAAUUAGGUCAUCACCAAGCUGAUGGGAAGCUGCCCCGUCGUGUUGAAGGCAAGCUGGCAAAGAGUUUUGUGGAGGAGAUUGCUUGUGGUGCUUAUCAUGUUGCUGUCUUGACUUCUCGAACUGAAGUUUACACAUGGGGAAAGGGGGCAAACGGAAGAUUGGGUCAUGGGGAUACUGAUGACAGAAAUUCUCCAACUUUAGUGGAAGCUUUAAAAGACAAGCAAGUCAAAAGUAUUGCUUGUGGUACUAAUUUUACUGCUGCUAUUUGCCUUCAUAAAUGGGUAUCAGGGGUCGACCAAUCCAUGUGUUCUGGCUGUCGUCUUCCUUUUAACUUUAAAAGGAAACGCCACAACUGUUAUAACUGUGGGCUUGUCUUUUGUCAUUCAUGUAGCAGCAAGAAAUCACUGAGGGCAUCAAUGGCACCGAAUCCCAAUAAACCCUAUCGUGUCUGUGACAAUUGCUUCAGUAAAUUGAAAAAAGCUAUUGAAACCGAUGCUUCUUCUCAGUCUUCUAUGAGUCGACGAGGAAGCACGCAUCAGGCGUCAACUGAUAUAACAGACAAGGACACUAAGUCAGAAACAAGGUCUCGGCCUCAACUCGCUAGAUUUUCUUCAAUGGAAUCCUUCAAACAUGUAGAAAACCGUUCUUCCAAACAGAAGAAAAAACUUGAAUUUAACAGCAGCCGUGUGUCACCUAUUCCAAAUGGUACCUCUCAAUGGGGAGCUCUCAACAUUUCCAAGUCUUUUAAUCCAGUAUUUGGCUCGUCCAAGAAAUUCUUUUCAGCUUCAGUUCCUGGAUCAAGAAUUGUUUCUCGAGCAACAUCACCAAUAUCUAGACGGCCAAGUCCACCUCGUUCUACUACGCCAACUCCAACAUUGGGUGGACUCACAUCUCCAAAGAUUGUUUUGGACGACGCUAAAAGGACAAACGAUGGCCUUAGCCAAGAGGUUAUCAAAUUAAGAGCACAGGUGGAAAAUCUCACGCGCAAGGCUCAACUUCAAGAGAUAGAACUGGAAAGAUCUGGUAAGCAGCUAAAGGAGGCAAUAGCCAUUGCUGGAGAAGAGACUGCCAAAUGCAAAGCAGCAAAAGAAGUUAUCAAGUCACUUACUGCUCAGCUGAAGGAGAUGGCUGAGAGGUUACCAGUAGGUGCUUCCCGGAACAUCAAAUCUCCUACAUCUUUUUCCUUGGCUUCCAAUCUUACCGCCGGUGAUAUACCAAAUGGCUGUAUUGACCGAAUUCAUAGUCAACUAACUUUCCAAGAUGUGGAGUCAAAUGUAUCUAACAGCCAACUACUUUCUAACGGAUCAAGCAAUGCCAGUAAUCGCAAUGCUGUUCAAAACAGACAAGGGUUUCCAGAACCAACCCCAAGAAAUGGGGCCAGAACAAAAGAAGGUGAUUCUCGUAAUGAGAAUGAAUGGGUCGAACAAGAUGAACCAGGUGUAUAUAUUACACUUACCUCCCUACCUGGAGGUGUCAAAGAUCUUAAACGUGUUCGCUUCAGUCGAAAACGAUUUAGCGAGAAACAAGCUGAACAGUGGUGGGCAGAGAACCGCGCAAGAGUUUAUGAGCAGUAUAACGUCCGCAUGGGGGACAAGUCAAGUGUUGGCAGUGUAAGCGAGGACUUACCACAUUGAAACAUGCUAAUAAAUUUGUAAGUGAUUUUUUCUUUUCUUGACCUCUUCUUUUUCUUCUUCCCUGUCGGAAAAAUCUCUGCUUUACGGGGAAGUUCAUAUUCAUCGCUUAGUUUGGCUUCUCAAAUCUGUGGGGUGGUAUCAGGGGUUGUCAUAAAAAAGAACUAGGAUUAGAGGUUUGCUUCUAAGUUUUCAUUAGAUUUUUCAUCUUCUUCUUAUGGCUUGACCUGUUAUUUUUCCUUUUUCCAUUUCCCCCCUCCAUAAUGGUGUUUGUGGGGAAUUGAGGGUGAGAGAUGUAAAGUUUUAACUGCUUGCUCUUAUUGAGAGUAGCUUCCUUGUAAAUUUCUCUAGUAAAUGCAUCUUCUGAUUUCAAAUCCCUACCCUCUUUUUACAUUCCA